GAACCUCAAUCUAAGAUUGGAUAAUGAAACUUGAUUUCAAGCCACUGCCAGGGGUCCCGUGACGCCUUAUGGCUCUAGAGCUAUCUAGAGUCUAAUAGUUCAAUUUCAGUGCUAGAGCGACCUCCUCGGACUCCUCUGAUCUUAAAAAUAUUCCUAGUAAGCCGCAGUCACUGAGGGAUGAAAAUAUUGUGAAUGUCCACUGCUGCAAGUGCUAUAGCGCUAGUGACCGGGGGCUUCGGAUACGAUCUGAUUUUUGAGAUCGAUCCGCUGAAGCAAACACGAGGUGUAAAACGGAAGGAAUUCGGUCAGUGGCCUGUCGCCAGAAAUAAAUAUCACGGGCUGUGCUUGCCUUACGACACGGCGUCCAUCGUGAGCAGCCGGACACUUCACUUCUCAGGCUCAGACCGAAACACGACCAUCUCAUCCACCAAGAUGUCCUUCAUUCGAGCAGCGACGCUCGCCCGCUCUCUGGCAACGAGCAGCUGUAGGCGUUAUUCUACCGAAGCUGCUGCCAAGAAAUCAUCCAACCUCGGACUUUACCUUGGUGGCGCUGGUCUCGUUGGUCUCGGCACGUAUGUCUACAUGGGCUUUGGCAAGGGGGAGGCAGCAAUUGCCAAGAAGGACCUCAAGAGCCCUCUUGACCCCUCGAAAUACAUCGACCUCAAGCUGAAGAGGGUGGAGCCUUACAAUCACAACACCUCUAAGUUUGUGCUUGAGCUCGAAAAGGGCGAGGCUUCGCUUCUUCCAGUUGCUUCCUGUGUUUACAUUGAAACUCCUGACUUUAAGGACGAUAAGGGCGAACCUAUGCAUCGCCCUUAUACCCCCAUUUCAGCAUCUGACUUGGAGGGAGAGCUGAUUUUUGUCAUCAAAAAAUAUGAGACGGGCAAUGUCUCCAAACACAUUCACUCUCUCAAGGCUGGGGACACUCUCAAAAUCAAAGGUCCUCUUGCAAAAUGGCCUUGGAAGAUGAAUGAGCUGGACGAAGUCGGCCUCAUUGGUGGUGGAAGUGGAAUUGCUCCACUCUACCAGGUCCUACAACAUGCUCUUGCGGACAAGACGAACAAGACGAAGUUCAAGCUUCUGUAUGCCAAUGUUACCGAGCAAGAUAUCCUACUUCGCGAGGAGUUCGACGCAAUGAAGAAAAAAUACCCCGAUACUUUUGAUGUCGUAUAUGUCCUCGACAAGGGCGAUGCUAACUGGAAGGGUCCCACUGGAUUCAUUGGCGCUGACCUCAUUAAGCAACACAUUGCUCCCCCAUCACUGGGCGAGAAAGUGAAGGUCUUCAUCUGCGGUCCACCUGGACAGGUCGCUUCGAUUGCAGGCAAGAAGAAAGGCAUGAAGCAGGGUGAACUGAACGGUGUCCUUAAGGAACUGGGUUACACCGAAGACCAGGUGUACAAAUUCUAAGCAGCAGAUACCAAAUAGAUGCUGUAUAAAUGUCCUACGACAAUAAAAUACCCAUUUUGUGAUUGAA